GUCUCUUUCCUCUGUCUUUUCUCUCCCACCCUCUCCUCUUCCUCUGUAACCCCAUCUCCCUCUUUCUGCUCUCUCUUCUGACACUGGCACAUUCUCCGGGAAGGGAGGCUGCUAUUUAUUAAAAAAAAGGAGGACAAAGGGAAGCAAUCCAUUUGGGGGAACAGCGGAAGCACCAGAGUGCAGUACAAAAUAGACAUCUGCAUCUUCACUCUUAAUCCUUACCUGGAGCUGUGACAGCCGCUGGGGCUGCCGGAGAAGUUGCUGCUUGCCCAGAGAACACGGACUGCCCCAGUCUCUCCGAUCGCCGCACAAGUGAAACUCUCGCAGGAGGAUAGCUGAGCGGGGAAUUGCAUUUCUUCCUCUCUCUAUUCGAAUUAAAGCCUGAGAAUAACCCGGCAGUCUCUUGUGUCAAUGCUGGGUUUUGCCACAUUAAUGUGCCCGUGAAGAUCCCUCACACUGGACUGAGCCCCGAGCUGUGAGAUCCAAAGGGUGCAAGUGAAUGAAUUUACCCAUGAGAGAUCCAGUGAUUUCAGGGUCAGCCAUGGCUUACCAUCCAUUCCUAUCCCACAGGGCACCAGACUUUGCAAUGAGUGCUGUUCUUGGACACCAACCUCCCUUUUUUCCAGCUCUGGCUCUGCCACCCAAUGGGGCUGCUCUUUCCCUUCCUGGUGCCCUGGCCAAGCCCAUCAUGGAUCAAUUAGUGGGUGCCGCAGAGACUGGCAUCCCCUUUUCAUCUUUGGGUCACCAGGCAGCUGCUCAUUUGAGGCCUCUUAAAACCCUUGAACCAGAAGAAGAAGUUGAAGACGAUCCAAAAGUCCACCUGGAAGGCAAGGAUCUCUGGGAACAGUUCCACAAAAGGGGGACAGAGAUGGUCAUCACAAAAUCUGGGAGGAGGAUGUUUCCCCCAUUUAAAGUGAGGUGCUCUGGUCUGGACAAGAAAGCCAAAUACAUUCUGCUGAUGGACAUUGUGGCUGCAGAUGACUGCAGGUACAAGUUCCAUAACUCCCGAUGGAUGGUGGCUGGAAAGGCCGACCCCGAAAUGCCCAAACGAAUGUACAUCCACCCAGACAGCCCGGCCACUGGGGAGCAAUGGAUGUCCAAAGUAGUGACUUUUCAUAAACUCAAACUGACCAAUAAUAUCUCGGAUAAACAUGGAUUUACUAUUUUAAACUCCAUGCACAAAUACCAACCCAGGUUCCACAUAGUGCGAGCUAAUGACAUUCUGAAAUUACCCUACAGCACAUUCAGAACUUAUGUGUUUCCUGAGACAGAAUUCAUUGCAGUGACUGCAUACCAGAAUGAUAAGAUCACUCAAUUAAAAAUUGAUAACAAUCCCUUUGCCAAAGGCUUCCGUGACACUGGGAAUGGCAGGAGAGAAAAGAGGAAACAGCUUGCACUGCAGUCCAUGAGACCAUACGAUGAUCACCAGAAGAAGGAUAAUGGGAGUUCGGACGAGUCCUCUAGUGAACAGACUGCCUAUAAAUGUUUUGCCCAGACCUCUUCCCCAACCGCACCUGCAGUGGGCACCUCAUCCCUGAAAGGUGUGCCCCCCAGUGAUGGGGAGAGUGACGAGGAGAGUAGGGAUGAAGGAGGGCCGGACACAGGCGAAUCCACCAAGAUCUCCACUACAACCAGUGAGGACUGCAGGGAGUUGGCCAGCCCCCCGAGGGCCCCACACUCAGAUCUGGGCAGCAGGAGUAGGGAGCAGAGCAGCAGGACAGGGAAAAGCUCCCCGGACUCCCGGCACAGCCCAGGCCACAUCAGCUCCAGCAGCAGCGGCAGGAUCCUGAGCAUCGAGGAGCUAAAAAGCCCCGCUAGAGAUUCCCAUAAAGCAGAGGAGUCGCAGCGAUCCAAGGAAGCAUUCCCCCCUCUCACUGUGCAAACAGACAGUAGCGCCCACCUUCUCAGCCAGGGGCAUCUGCAGAACCUCGGCUUCCCCCCAGGACUCACUGGGCAGCAGUUCUUUAACCCGCUGGGCGCUUCGCAUCCUCUGCUCUUUCACCCAAGUCACUUUGCAAUGGGAGGGGCUUUUUCCAGUAUGGCUGCUGGCAUGAACCCACUUCUGGCUUCAGUUUCAGGAGCAUCAUCUGGGGUGAACAGCAUAGACUCUACCGUCAUGGCAUCUUCCUCUCAAGGGCUGGCAGGCUCUUCUGCACUGCCCUUCCAUUUGCAGCAGCAAGUCCUGGCCUCCCAGGGCCUGGCGAUGUCUCCGUUCGGAGGGCUUUUCUCCUACCCCUACACCUACAUGGCCGCGGCAGCCGCAGCCUCCUCUGCUGUACACAGACACCCUUUCCUUAACGCCGUGCGGCCCAGGCUCAGGUACAGCCCCUACUCGUUCCCUAUGCCCUUUGCAGAAGGCAGCAGCCUGCUCACCACCGCCCUGCACUCACUGGAUGGCAAAGCGAGUCUACUCUCCAGUCCGGCUGCCACUGCUCUGGACACUGAACUGAGCAGCAGAACCCCCACACUCUCCUCUGGUUCAGUCUCUUUAUCCCCAAAGCUGUGCCCAGAGAAGGAAGCGAGCAGUGAGCUCCAAAACAUUCAGCGGCUGGUUAGUGGGCUGGAUUCCAAGCAGGAGCGGUCAAGGAGCGGUUCCCCUGAUUGAGCCCAAGAAGCACUAAGCCCAGUUCUGAAGGUCUCAUUCCAGUUCCAGACUGGCAGUGCACUUUGUGUUGGGUACAGGAAAGCCCCUCCUAUCCUUGACUUUCUGCAAGCAGGGAUCUACAAAGGUUUUUCAUCUACUGCAAACUUGGGGGAGAAGUUUGGACCCUGGCAAGCUGCUAUAGGAUCAUGUAUACCACUAGCACUCUACAGCCUCCUAACGGGCACUGGGAACAGGUCAGGGGCCUGCAAGUGUACAGCCCAUCUAUCUUAUCAGUGCCACACUCUGCCGCCCCCCCCCCCCCCCCCUACUGCUGCUGAACUAAACUCCAUCCCCUCCCCCACACACGCAAAAACCCUCCCGGGAAUUCUGGGAGUUGUAGUUAAGCAACAGCUGGAUAUGGAAAGGCUGAGGAUCUCUGGUGAUAUAAACCAUCAUUUCCUUGCAUAAGGAAUAAAACUUGAGGGUCUGUUAGAAAUAAAACAUUUGAUUAAGGGCAAGAAAAGGGACAAUAAUGCCUUGCUUGUGUACAUUAGGGGAUGAUAUGUCUUUUUCACAGGCCUGUGUUUUUAAAGCAAUGUACUGGCUUCUGCAUGCAAACUAAUCCUUCCCUGUUAGCUCUGCAAUGCCUGGGAAAUAUCAUGGCACCGACAUGGGGCUCCCCUCUAGCAAAGCGGCUUUAUACCAAUCACAUACAAACACGAGAACACAUUUAGUUCAUGGGAAAUCUAAACUCAUUAUUGACUAAACAGUCCUCAUGCAAUAACAAGUUUAGAGAAUAGGGCAAAAAAAAAAAAAAAGCGAAAAGGGAGGAUAUUAUUAAAAAAAAGUAUUUAUGUAAUUAUUUGAUAUCUUAUGUAAAUAAAACAAAAAUACUGAAUAUUAAAAUUUAAUUUAUUUAUAAUGUAUAUAUUCAUGUAAAUAAGGCUCUUAUUUUUAGUGUGUGUUAAACCGAUUUGGUGCCAAAGGGGACGGCAGUGUAUUAGUAGUAAACCAGGAGGCACGCAAUGGGUUAAGCUGUUUCCUUUACCAUUAGUGUUAUUUUCAUUGAACUAUUAAAAAAACAAACAAAAUUUAUAUAUAUAUAUAUUUUUUUUUUGUUUGUUUUUUUUUUGUAUUUAUAAAACCAUGAGACAAAUAAAAUAAACAUACAAACUCACAGUCUUGGCAGGUUGAACGGGGAGAGACACUUUUCCCAUCCAAUGCCUUGAAGCAGAAUUUGCCCAAGAACUAACAGUCCGUUUACUCACAAAUACCUGCUUGUUUGAUCCCAGAGUCUCCAUACAAAUAUCUCAGUUCUGCACUGCGGGUUUCACAAUGAAAACCUACUCUGUUUAUAAAUACCUCUGUCUUGGUUAAAUCUAGUUGUUGUUAUCUGCACAGUUUGACUCCUAGCUGUGUCAGUAAUAAUAUAUGAAGGUCUGAAUAUCUAUCUCUCUAUAUAUGAUGUAAUGAAUGUUCGAUAGAACGUUUCUCCUUGUAUUUUUGUUUGUUUCAAAAGUCUCCAAGUUUCAAUAAAUUUUUUUAUUGAAA